AUGAAACAAAACGAACUCGCUGGCGAGGAUGGCAUUGGUGUCGGAACUGCUCCAGGUGCCUUUCGCAUCCCUGAUGGCAGUCAACCAGAUGCAGAGAGGCGACCAUUGACUCUACCCCCAAAUACAAGCUUCGACAAGUUCAACAACUUCAUGCAACGUAUUGCCGACAUUGUUGGUGCGGAAAAUGCUACUGUCAUAUCUAGCGACAAUGAGCUCAAGCAUGAGUCUUACCUCGACCCGAGCAAGGCUUACGAUAUGUACCAUAUCACUCCAAAAGAGUACUUCGUUAGCUCAGCUGUUGUCGCUCCUCGUAACGUUCCAGAUGUGCAAGCCAUCAUGCGACUUUGCAAUGAGUUCGAGAUACCCGUCUGGCCAUUCAGCAUUGGCAGAAAUGUCGGAUAUGGAGGAGCUGCACCUCGAGUUCCUGGAAGUGUCGGUCUUGAUAUGGGCAAGAAUAUGUCAAAGAUCUUGGAAGUCAACGUUGAUGGUGCAUUUGCCUUUGUCGAGCCCGGUGUUACUUUCAUCGAUCUUCACAACUAUCUGGUCGAAAACAACUUACGCGAUAAACUCUGGAUCGAUGUCCCCGAUCUUGGAGGAGGUUCUGUGAUUGGCAACACUGUUGAACGUGGUGUAGGAUACACGCCAUAUGGUGACCACUGGAUGAUGCAUUGUGGUAUGGAGGUAGUCCUGCCAGAUGGUACACUGUGGCGAUCUGGUAUGGGUGGUCUGCCAAAUCCCAAAGCUAACCCCAACGCACCACCACACGAGCAAGCUGCAAAUGAGACCUGGGGAUUGUUCAAUUAUGGUUUUGGGCCAUACAAUGAUGGCAUCUUCACUCAGUCUUCUCUCGGCAUUGUCGUCAAGAUGGGCAUAUGGCUCAUGGUAAACCCUGGUGGAUAUCAGAGUUAUCUGAUCACUCUGCCGAAGGACAAGGACUUGCAUCAAGCUCUGGAGAUAAUCAGGCCUCUUCGAGUAGGCAUGGUGUUACAGAAUGUGCCAACCAUGAGACACAUCUUACUAGACGCGGCAGUCAUGGGUGAUCGAAAGUCAUACACAGACUCAGAUAAGCCACUAAACGAUGAUGAGCUGGACGCAAUUGCAAAGAAGCUCAAUCUAGGACGCUGGAACUUCUACGGUGCAGUCUAUGGUCCGCCACCAGUACGUGAAGUACUGCUCUCAGUCAUCAAACAAUCUUUCCUACAGAUUCCUGGAGCGAAAUAUUACGAGCCACAGGAUAUGCCAGACAAUGUCGUCCUCCAGACCAGAAACGACACUCUGCAGGGCAUUCCUAGUACAACCGAGUUGAAAUGGGUUGAUUGGUUGCCCAACGGCGCUCACCUUUUCUUCAGUCCCAUUGCUAAAGUCUCUGGAGAUGACGGUGUAGCACAAUAUGAGGUGACCCGUCAACGCUGCGAGGAAGCGGGAUUCGACUUCAUCGGCACUUUUGUGGUUGGAAUGCGCGAGAUGCACCACAUCGUCUGCAUCGUCUUCGACCGAAAAGACCCAGACUCGCGUCGCCGUGCCCACUGGCUAAUUCGCACACUCAUCGACGACGCAGCAAAACGUGGCUGGGGAGAGUAUAGAACACAUCUAAGUGUCAUGGAUCAAAUCGCCGAGACCUACAGUUUCAACGAUAGUGCGCAGAUGAAAUUGAAUGAUAAGAUCAAGGCUGCUUUGGAUCCUAAGGGUAUCAUUAGUCCUGGAAAGAAUGGCGUGUGGCCUAAGAACUAUAACAAGGCUGAUUGGAAAGUACCUGAGCAAUGA